AUGGGUGCAUUUGAAGAGGCAAUUGGGUCUUUUGCUUUCAGAAAAUUGCGGGCGUGUGUGGAGGCCUCUGGAGAGCCAUGUGAAGGCAACAUCAUGCACACAUGGAAUUCUUGGGACCCGCAGCCAGACAUGGAAGCUAAGCAGAGGAAUCUUUUCCAGCUGUCGCAGAACCUGUCUGCACGAAGAGAUGAUCCCAGUCUUCUCGAAAUUGGCUUCAAUGCUGGGCAUUCUGUUUGCUUGAUGCUGCUUGCAAAUCCCAAAGUGAAGGUUGUGGCCUUCGAUCUGUGCGAGCACGCUUACACCAAGCCUUGUGCGGAGGUGCUGCAAUCCAUUUUCGGACAAGGUCGCUUACAGCUGGUAGAGGGCUCGAGCACUACUACUUUGCCGAGAUACCACCAGCAGCACCCAGACGUACGCUUCGACAUGUUCCACAUAGAUGGCGGACAUCAGUACAGGCAAGCAAUGGCGGACCUGGAGAGUUGCUGUCGUAUGGCGCACAAGGAUCCAGAAACUACUUCCAUCCUAGUCCUGGAUGACACUGACAUCACGGGGGUUGCUGCUGCAUGGGCUGACUUUGUGGCUUCAGGCCGCUUAGUCGAACGAGCUCCGCCGCACAAACUCGGUCGCUACAAGCAUGGUGUGGGGGAGGUCAUCCCAGAUGGGGCGAGUAGAUGUGGCUCAUGCAGUUCGUGUGGCGCCGUUUGGGCAUGUGGUGGAUGCGGGCAGGUGCGCUACUGCGACGAGAGCUGUGGUAGAAGCCAUUGGUCUCUCCACCGGAGCGUGUGCUCGUCCAGAGCCCGUCCGGCCCCAAUCCUCAUGCAUCCCAGCGAGAUCGUGCCUUCCAGCAUGCUGGCCAGCCGAUCUGAUGGAGUCUUGCUGGCCACAAAGACCUUGUGUGUUGGUGAUGUGCUGUUUGCAGAGCCGCCGUUAUCUUGGCAGCCCAUGCCGGACAUGCGAGGGAAACUCUGUACCCGUUGCGGUUCAGGGGGAGCGUUGCUCCGGUGCACUACGUGCCAACAGGCCAACUACUGUCCACGCUGCAGUGACAUAGCUCCCAGCCCAUGCUCUAUGUGUCCUGAGCUGUCCAUCACGAAAGGGCACGUCGGAGCCUUCACUCUUGUCGGGCUAGAAGUAUUGCGCGAAUGGGAGGAAGGUCGGCUCCAACCAGGUGCCUUGUUGAAGCCGCUCUCUGACGCAGCAGUGCAGCAAGCCAGGGCGUGCACACCGGCAGUGCAGAAGGUUGCGCACUUCUGCUCGGCUGUUCGGUGGAGCGACGAACGUGCCGAGGAGAUCCUCGCCGCCGUGAUCGCCGGGCGCAUCGAGCAUGUCGCCGCUGGCAAGCCAGUCGGUGUUGGGUACUACCCGGCCUUCGGACGACUGAGAGCUGGCGCCACACCCACUGAGGAGGCCAACGUGCGCUUGCAGAUCUCAAUGGGCAGCAAGCACGCUUUCACCGUCAAGGCCGUGGUGAGCCAGCCUGUGCCUGAGGGUGCAGUGCUGCGCCUGGGUUGA